AUGGCCAUUAUUUCCUCCAACUUGAACAAUUCCUGGAAGCUCUGCAUAUUUGGCAGCUUCAUUGGCUGCUUUCUCACUUUGCUCUGUCUAGAUUACCAUGGCUACAGCAGCUUCGACAUUGUUUCGGGUGUUUUACCAUCCGGAAAUCCCAUCUUCGAUAGAUUCUUCAAGCCCUUGAAGCCAUCCUGUGGAGAAGGAGGCUUUAUUGUCAAGUAUCCAACGUUGAUGAGUGGCGACGAUGAGGAAAAACAGGACUUUGUCGUUAAUAAUCAGACUUCCAUGAGUACUGGUGAUGAUGAGGAAAAACAAAACAUUGUUGUUAGUAAUCAGACUUCCAUCAGUACCGGUGAUGAGGAAAAACCAGAGGUUGCUUUUAUGAAUCGGUUGUCGGAGGGUAGUAAUGAGGAGGACAAACUCACCAAGAAGGAGAAGAAGAAGAAGAAGAACUUGUUUGACGGAAGAUGGGUUUAUGACCCAAAUGGAAACCCUGAUUACAGAGUGGAACAAUGCCCAUUUCUUAGCGGGCAAGUUAGCUGUCAGAGAAAUGGAAGGCCUGAUUCUCAGUACCAGAAGUGGAGCUGGCAGCCUGAGGGAUACAGCAACUUCCCAAGGUUUAAUGCCACUAACAUGCUGGAAUUGCUGAGGGGGAAGAGAGUGGUAAUAGUUGGAGAUUCUCUCAAUAGAAACCAAUGGGAGUCUCUGGCUUGCCUUCUCUACUCUGCUUUACCUCCAUCAAGAUGUCAUGUGGGUGUUGUUCGCAGCGAUUACAAGGUCUUUAAAUCUCUUGAUUACAAUUGCUCUGUGGAGUUCUUCUGGAGUCCAUUUUUGGUUCAGCUGGAAGAGUCGAGGGGCCCAAAACCCAGAAACAGAAGAAGAAGAAUUCUGAAGCUGGACAAGAUUUCAGCUUCAGCUCCACUCUGGCUAGGGGCAGAUAUCAUGGUUUUCAACUCUGGACACUGGUGGACUCACCCUUGGAAAAUCAGAGCGUGGGAUUUCUUUGAGAACAAUGGGAAGUUGGUGAAACAGAUGGAGAUAGAAUCUGCGUUCCAGACGGCCGUUUCAACUUGGGCCAAAUGGAUCGAUCACAAUCUGAACUCUUCUUCUACCAAAACAAGUGUCUUCUUCAGGAGCAUAUCCCCAGAGCACAAAGUGCAAGGCUGCUCCAAUUCCACAGAACCGCUCGAUGGAUCGUAUGACGACACAUUCCCUCAUCAGCUGACUGAUAUCGUCACAAGAACCAUUGACAGCAUGAGGACACCAGUGAGGCUGCUCAAUGUUACAAAGCUCUCGGGGUACAGAAUCGACGCACAUCCAGCAAUCUAUUCUCGCAAGCAGGACCAGACAUUGAUUCGCCCUGAUUGCAGCCACUGGUGUUUGCCUGGACUGCCUGAUACUUGGAACACCCUCAUCUAUGCAAUGUUUACCUUGGACCGCCAAAACCAGAAUUGA